AUGGUGCCCCUCCCAGCCGUUGAGAGGUCCAUCAACAAGCGUUUCCAGAACGUGAGGGGCCUGAAACUGCGCGUGGCUGGCCAGGAGCUGGCCGUACUUAAGAGCAUCCCAUUCAUCACCCACAUCGACUUCACGUCCUGCCCAAAGAUCACGGACGCAUGCCUGGAGUCCCUGGCCCCCCUCACGGGCCUGACGAGGCUGGACUUCAACAACAAUGGCCGCAUAACGGAUGAGGGGCUGGGUGCCGUGGCCAGGAUCACCACCCUGAAGCGACUGACGCUGAGCAACUGCCCGCGUGUGUCCGAUGCCGGCCUGGCCCACCUGAGCACUCUCCAGUCGCUCGAGAGGCUGGACGUGUGCCAGAACAAGUCGGUGACUGAUGCCGGGGUGGCCGCUCUGGCGUCCUUGACCUCCCUGGCUGCCCUGGACCUCAAGGAGUGUGCCCAGGUUACUGGCACAGGCUUUGGUGCCCUGGGGUCUCUCAUGGGCCUCAAGCGCCUGUCGCUGCUGAAAUGCAGCGCUGUGACCGAUGCCGGCGUGGCCUGCCUAGCAAACUUCCCCUCCCUGCAGCACCUGGACGUUGGGGAGUGUGUGAAUCUGACAGAUGUGGGUUUGGAGGCCGUGGGGCAGCUCACCAACCUGGAGCACCUCGUCUUGCGCAAGUGCGCCAAGGUGUCGGGGCCAGGGCUGGCUUCCCUCAGCUCGCUCUCAAAGCUGAGGUACCUGGAUCUGAGCUACUGUGAUGGGGUGGAGGCCAGGGUCCUCGACUUCUUGGCCACCCUGUCUUCCCUUCAGCACCUGGACCUGAGCCGUUGCGACAAGGUGUCCAAUGAAGGCCUGAGGGCUUUGGGGCGCCUGACAGGCCUCAAGGACCUCUGUGUCAGCCACUGCUACAAAGUGGGCGACGAGGGGCUGGCCCACCUUGCGUGCCUCAAGGCCCUGCGGAGAAUGGAGCUGGUGUGCUGCUACAAGGUGACCGACAGCGGUAUGGCGUCCCUAGCAAGUAUGCCCGCCCUGGGGCGCCUCAACCUCAGCCUCUGCAGGAAGAUCACGGACGAUGGGGUGGCGCACCUGCGGUGUCUGCAGCGGCUGGAGCACCUGGAGCUGACUGGGUGCGAGAAGGUUACCCAUGAAGGGGUUAGGGUGCUGUCGGAAAUGAAAUCGCUGCUGGUGCUGAAGAUCAGGAACGAGGAGUGCGGUGGGGGCGGCGAAGAUGGCGCUGCACGCCUGGGCGACGUGACAAAUUUGCAGGGCCUGGCAGGGUUCAAUAAAUUGGGUGUGGCCCCAGGCCCCAGCGUGCAGAGGCUCAUGUCGUGGUCCUCGCUGGAAAGCAUGGAGUCUGGGGUGCGCCCCACCUGCCUCUAUGGCUGA